AUGUCCAAGUUAUGGCCUAAGGGUAAAGGGAAGACAACUCGUUCAAAGGACACUAGUAAUCCAUCCGUCUCUCAAUCAAACACGUCGCCCGCUAGCACAAGCACCGGUUGGGAGAAGGCCCGUGACACGGCGAUUCCGAUCCUUGAACUUGUCGCCAACAUCUCAGAGGGUUCUGAUGUGCUUGCUUCUCUCAAAGCAGCAUGUAAAGCGACAAAGCAGAUCCUCGAAAUGGCGCGCGCCAUCCAGAACAACAAGGAUAAUUGGGGACGUCUCGCUGAACGUCUUCAAGGCCAUUUGGAAUCGAUGGAGAAUCAGAUCACCAUAUUUGAAGGGUAUCCGGAAGAGAGUCGCAAGGUCGACGACUCUUUACGACAACCGUUGCUUGCCUAUGUCAGAAAGCUCGAUGGGAUACAAAAGGCAGUCGAAGCACGAACACGUUCGCGGCUGUUGUUUCGGGCGACAAAAGUAGAUAUGGACGCUGGUGAUAUCCGAGACUUUCAUCAAGAUAUCGACGAUUGUCACCAAAGACUUAUGACUGCUUUAGCCGUGUCCUCAUCAUUUCAUAUUCAAAUCGUGAAAGGAGAUACAAAAUUUAUCAAAGAGGAUGCUAGAACUCUCUUGAAAGAUGCGGACCUAGUAAUCAUUUCUCAGCUCCCAACCGUGCUCUCUACGUCAGUCAUUGUGCACAAUCGUUGUAAUCCAGGAACUCGAGUGGCUGUUCUCAGUUCCAUUCGCCGUUGGGGAGAAGGCGAAUUUGCUGAGCCUAUUUUCUGGCUCUGUGACAUCGCCGGCUCGGGGAAAUCGACUGUAUCAACGAGCAUGGUUGCAUUUUGGAAGGAGAAAGGUCUGCUCGCUGGUCAUUUCUUCUUCUCUGUGGCCAGCAGCGAAGAAUCUACCAUCGCCAAGAUGUGCCCGACCUUUGCCAGGCAGAUGUUCGAAAACCUUCCGAUGCUGGCCUCGUCUGUUGUGGGUGCGGUCAAACGACACCCCUCGAUCAUGACCAGCAUCUUCGAAGAGCAGUUCCGAACGUUAAUUGUCGAGCCAACGAAACGCCAGAACAAUCCCGCUAUAUUGGUCAUCGAUGCGCUAGACGAAUGCAAAUCUGUAUCAGAACGGAGAAAACUUGUCGAAACGCUUGCUAUGGCUGUUCAGGAAAGCAAAAACCUUAAGAUAUUCAUGACAAGUCGACCAGACCCCGUCAUCCAGGCCGUCUUGGGGUCGCUCCCAAUCAAAGCCAAGAUGGAAGAUCGGCUACACGAUGCGAGCCAGCGCGAUAACAUCGACGACAUCGCAAUCUAUAUAGAACAAUCUAUCAAUGGAAUGCUACCAGAGGAUAAGAAGCGACGACUGGUUCAAAAUGCCAAUGGAUUGUUCAUCUGGGCAAGCACCGCAUGUCGAAUGCUGAAAAGCGAAACGACAUGGGAUACCCAUGAGACCAUAUACAACCGCCUGAUCUCUGUGGACAAGACUGGAGAGAUUGACGAUAUAUACGAUCUAGUUUUCGAGCGCAUAGAGCUCAGGUACCGCAGGACCAUGUGUAGCAUGCUCGCUGUACUGCUUGCAGCAUUCGAGCCGCUCAGCAUCGAGGACCUAGAGGAAGUUCUCAAAUAUGCUGGCGUAGACGGGAGUGCCGAUGCACUAGUGCGGAACCUAGGAAGCGUACUAACUGUAGAAUCAGGGGCAAAUCUGAUUCGAUUCCGUCAUCCUACCCUAGUCGAAUACCUCCGACGCCGGUCCCGCGCCUCAUCCAUCGAUAGCCAUAGCAAGAUUCAUAUCAACAUCACGGAUGCACACGGUCAAGUGGCAUUGUGUUGUCUGAAACGGCUCAACUCACCGACUGAAGGUGUCAAGUUCAAUAUAUGCCAGAUUGAAUCCUCUUUCUACCUGAAUAAGCAGAUAGUGGAUCUUGGCAUGAGGCUAUCAAAGUUUAUUCCAAGAAAACUUCAAUACGCCAGCUCGCAUUGGUUAUUCCAUUUUGCAGAAGCGAACGAAAACUGGAGAGGUGCACUCAAGAGGGAAGUUGAGUGUAUUCUCCAAAAUCCAUCUGUACUGCACUGGAUGGAGAUUUUGAGCUUUACGGGAGGGGUGUCACGAGCGAUAUCCGGACUUCGAGUUGCUACAUGUGUUCCAAAGCUCGAAGAAGAGACUAGGCGCAGAAUGACAGAGAUACGUCGGUUUAUAAUGGCGUUUUCAAUGCCGAUCCAAGAAAGUGCUCCACACAUCUACAUCUCUGCGCUUCCGUUUUCGCCCAAGAACUCAAUACUGCAUAUAGAAGGCCAAAGGAAAUAUGCGAAUACUCUAACUGUGAUCCGAGGGUUCGAAGAGGUGUAUGCUGGACUUCCUAGAACUCUUCGUGUCCAUGGUCCGAUCAUGGCGGUCGCAUUAACUCCCAACGGCUCGAAAAUCAUCUCCGCCUCAUUAGACAAGACUAUCCGAAUCUGUGAUGCGGACACCGGGCAGCCGUUGGGAGAGCCACUGCGAGGCCAUGAACGUUGGGUGACUGCCGUCAGUUGCUCGUCAGACGGGUCACGAAUCGUGUCUGGUUCAGAGGACAGGACGAUUCGAUUGUGGGAGGUAAACACUGGUCGGCCGUUGGGAGAGCCAAUGCGAGGUCAUGAAGGCUCGGUCAAGGCUGUCGCAUUCUCACCAGAUGGAUCCCGAAUCAUCUCUGGAUCGGAUGACCAGACGAUUCGGGUAUGGGAGGCAGACAGUGGUCAGCCGUUGGGAGAGCCAUUCCAAGGUCACAAGUCCUCAGUCAACGCCGUCGCAGUUUCAGCAGACGGAUCGCGAAUCGUCUCUGGCUCGGAUGAUCAGACGAUACGAAUCUGGGAGGCAGAUACUGGUCGGCCGCUGGGAGAGCCACUCCGUGGUCAUGAAAUGCCGGUCAACGCCGUUGUAUUCUCCCCAGAUGGGUCAAUAAUCGCCUCUGGCUCGGACGACAAGACAAUUCGACUGUGGGAUGUGGAUACUAGACAGCCGUUGGGAGAGCCACUACGUAGCCACAAAUCUUCGGUCCUAGCCGUCGCAUUCUCGCCUGACGGCUCAAGAAUCGUCUCCGGCUCGUUUAGCGGGACAAUUCGAAUAUGGGAUGCAGGCAAUGGUCAGUUGUUGGGGGCCCCCCUCUUAGGUCAUGAUCUCGCUGUGACCGCAGUCAUAUUCUCGCCGGAAGGUUCACAAAUCAUUUCUGGGUCGGCUGACGCGACGAUCCGACUAUGGGAGACUGAAACCGGUCAGCCAUUGGGCGACCCACUCCGAAAUUGCGGAGGACCCGUCCGAGCUGUCGCAUUCUCGCCCGACGGUUCACAUGUAGUUUCUGGUUCGGACAACAAUAUUCAUCUGUGGGAGGCGGACACCGGUAGACCGUUAGGAGAGCCACUCCGAGGUCAUGAAAAUUGGGUUACCGCUGUUGCCUUCUCGCCUGACGGGUCACGAAUCAUCUCUAGCUCCGGUGACGAGACGAUUCGCCUGUGGGAGGCGGAUACUGGACAGCCAUCGGGAAAUCCACUCCGUGGCCAUGAAGGUUGUGUCAGCGCCGUUGCAUUCUCACCAGAUGGCUCACGAAUAAUAUCUGGCUCGGCUGACUAUACAAUCCGAUUGUGGAAGGCAGACACUGGUCAGCCGUUGGGAGAGCCACUCCGAGGUCAUGAAGGUUGGGUCAAUGCCGUCGCAUUCUCACCUGACGGAUCGCGAAUCGUUUCUGGCUCAGGUGAUCGGACGAUACGAAUCUGGGAGGCGGAUACUGGUCGGCCGCUGGGAGAGCCACUUCAAGGCCAUGAAGGCGCGGUCAACGCGAUCGCCUUCUCGCCAGAUGGCACACGAAUCGUGUCUGGCUCGAACGAUAAUACGAUCCGACUCUGGCAGGGGGUCACUGGUCGGCCAUUGGGAGAGCCGCUCAGCGGCCACGAAUCUUUCGUCCAUGCCGUCGCGUUCUCGCCGGAUGGCUCAAGAAUUGCCUCUGGCUCGAGAGACAAGACGGUUCGACUUUGGGACGCAGACACCGGUCAGAUGUUGGGCGAGUCACUCCGAGGUCAUGCGGGUGAGGUCAAGGCCGUCGCGUUCUCACCAGAUGGCUUGCGGAUCGCCUCUGUCUCACUUGAUGAAACGAUUCGAAUUUGGGAGGCAAAUAAUGGUCAAUUGUCGGGGGAGCCACUUGGUCCUCAUCAAUCCUUGGUCUUGUCCGUCACACCCCCAUCAGACGCCUCAAGAACUGUCUUUAGCUCGUCGGAUAGGACCCUUCAGAUAAGGGAUGCAGAUAGUGCCGUUAGCGCGGAUAACUCUAAGCAGAAAGACACAGAAGCCUUGGACACAAGUCUCAACGAGAAGUCUCAAGUUACUCCUUUUGACGCUACAAACACAAAUGUAGUCAAGCUUUGCCAGGUGCUCCGAAUGGACGAUCGUGCUCGCCAAAUGAUAUACUAUCAACCUGGUAUCGGGACAUAUACAGAGCCAGGAAUCACCGGGACCGUCGAGCGUGUCGCUGCAGACGCCGCAGAUCUGGCUGUGGCUUGGUAUCUUAGUGGGCACGUUAUGGACGCCUACAAAUUCUUGAUGGAAAAUCAUCUUCCGAAGGAUCGCAUUUGCAUCUUUGGAUUCUCUCGUGGAGCAUACACUGCACGCGCGUUGGCUGGGAUGUUGCAUGCAGUCGGAUUACUUCCACGGGGGAACUGCGAGCAGGUAUCCUUUGCGUAUGACAUGUACCGGUUUCAGAAUCCAGUGGCUUCCAAGUUCAAGAAGACAUUCUGCAAAGACGUUGACAUAGAGUUUCUCGGGGUUUGGGACACAGUUGCUAGUGCCGGCAUAAUCGUCCAAAAAACCCUACCAUUCAUCUCGACCGAUACGAUAAAAAACUUCCGUCAUGCAAUCUCCUUGGACGAGAAUCGUAUACGGUUCGGGCUUACACCUUGGUCCCCAACCGAGGCUUCGGGAGUGGGUACCGAAAAGUAUGAUGGUGGGAAGACGGUUUCCGUGAAGGAGAUGUGGUUUUCCGGUACUCAUUGCGACAUUGGUGGCGGCGAGAUGUUCGACGCCGACAAAGAUAAGCCUUGCUUGUCAAAUAUCGCACUUCGUUGGAUGCUUCAUGAAGUUGUAGAGGCCGACUGCGGCAUUCUCUUCGAUAACGAGAACCUGGACGACCUCGGUAUUCCAGAUGACUGCGUCCCUCGAGUGCAUGAAGAUGGCGGGAAACUUACACAGCAAUCAAGUAGCGAAACUAUGGCUGGAACAAAGAAGAGAUAUGAUGCGAAACACCGGCCGCUCUCUUGGAGGGAAGCAGACAAGAUUGAUGCAGAGGCGAGGAUGCAAGACCCGCUUUCUGACAACUUGCUCUGGUGGCUGAUCCAAAUUCCAACUUGGGAUGGAAAAUGCCUCAAAGUCAGUGGACGACGCAAAUUUCCAUCGGAUGUAGUCAGAAGGCCAUACGAGAAUAUCCAUUGGACUGUACUCUAUCGUACCAACACCGUGAAAGGGUACAAGCCUCGUGCCAUUCUUCCCGCCGACUGGAAGGUGCUUGCUUCCAUUGGCACAGAGUCUUGA